UUCCUCGGGACUGGCGGCUUGUUGCGGGCGAGGAAUGUACUGAGCAACACCGAGCUGAGGGAGGGGUGGCUAUCAAGGACGCUUCGCCAAAAUGAUGCCAGGGGGCUUAACUGAGGCCAAGCCCGCCACUCCGAAAGUCCAGGAGAUCGCCGAGGAGGUGAAGUCCCAACUCGAACAGCGAACCAACAGGACGUACCCAACCUUCAAGGCUGUGGAGUACAAAACGCAGGUUGUCGCCGGGCUCAUCUACUACAUCAAGGUGUACGUGAGUGAGGAGGAGUACAUUCACCUGAAAGUGUUCCAGAGCCUCCCCAACGAGAAGCAACCACUAGACCUCAUGGCCUUCCAGGCCGGAAAGACCCGGGAUGACGCGUUGACUUUUUUCGACUGAGGAGGUCCCUGCCCCAUCCUCAUUCAUUUAUUCCAUCGUAUUUAUUGAGCGCUCACCAUGUGCAGAGCCCCCAAAAGCCCCAUCCCGCUC